AUGAACGAAUCCUUGGUGCACUUUUUUAUCUCUUGUCGUUAUACUAAGGAUUUCUGGGCUGAGGUAAUAAAGUGGUUCGAUAAUCAAGGCGUAAAGAUAAAACACCUCUCUGAAAAAGAUAUAAUGUUUGGUAUUUUAAGGUGCGAAGACGAAUUAUUAAUCAAUCAUAUUUUAAUAAUUGCCAAACAGUAUUUACAUUCUUGCCGACAGAACAAAUCUCUUCCUUCAAUUAAAGUAUUAAACCUCAAAAUUAAAACGAUCCACCAACUCGAGACAAUGAUUGCAAAAUCAAAUAAUAGGCUAAAAGCUCAUAAUAUGAAAUGGGACAAGUACAAAAAUUAUUAG